AGGUGCACACACACGAGGUGCGGGUUGGUGUGCGUGUAAUAAUGCACGCACACGAGAGAUUAACAUGCGAGGGAUAAGAGCGAGAGAAACCUUGUGUUACUCUGUACAAAAAGAAGCCUUUCUCCGAAUUUGGGAUCUUCGAUAUCGACGCACCUGUCGAAAACUAAAGCAUUGUAAACUAUCGUCGUGAUGCUCUCAUACGACGGCAUCGUGUCGCUGCUUCCUACAAGUUGUUGAGCAACGUAAACAAUUGCUAAUUUAUUCGAUCAAUUGAUUCCUCGUGCUCUUAUCAGAUAUCCAUGUUGCAACGGCGAGUCUCUUGCAAACGAACAAAUCGCCGGAGCACCGAUGGCCGCUAAACUACGGCACUGUUAGAAGAAAAAAAAGACACGGGUACUUAACGCUCGGUUGGCAAGCCUCGGCGACAAAGUGAAAAACCCGAAGGCGAACGGACAGACGGACCCACUGACGGACGCGGUGCGAGAGCGAUGGUGCAGGGUCCCCGUGAGCCGCGCACGGCCCUGGUUUUCUGGAAAUCGUCAGCGAUCCGGGGCCAUUAAACGCGUUAUAUGUGUCUUGCAAUUUGAUCCCGCGGCGCUCGACGCGGUGCGCACCGAUCGGAGAGUAAUUUACGCGAAUUCCUGGGCAUCCGGGUCUCCGCGCGGCCGGACGGACCUCCCGGGCUCCUUCUCACGCCCGAUGCCACCGUCGUCCAGCCGCUGUCGUUGUCCCGCAGCAUCCGGCACCCCGCCGUAGGGAACGUCGUCGACGGUCACCAGGAAGAUACCACACGGUGUGCUCGCAACAGCAUUGUCUCGCCAAUUCCUCGAAUAAAUGAAUGCAAACUUCUGAGGGGUAAUGCAGGGCAUGAUGCCAGUUAAGACAAAAUCUCGUGUUCCUGAAAACAUGGGGGUCACAGGUGGACUGGUAGAUGCCCGUGCUAAGCAAGUUCUAAGAGAAGCUGUGGACGCAGUCGUCAACAGCUUUGCGAAACAUUCUCAAGGCUACGGCAGAGUGAAUGUCGUGGAGGCACUGCAAGAGUUUUGGCAGAUGAAGCAGAGCAGAGGGGCAGAAUUAAGAAAUGGUGCAUUAGUCAUUUAUGAGUCUGUCCCUGGUGCGAGUCCGCCUUACGUCUGUUACGUGACGCUCCCUGGAGGAUCUUGCUUUGGAAGUUUUCAAAAUUGCCCCACUAAAGCGGAGGCGCGCAGAUCGGCAGCGAAAAUUGCACUAAUGAAUUCUGUAUUCAACGAACAUCCGUCGAGAAAGAUAACCGAUGAUUUCAUUGAGAAAGCUGUUGCGGAAGCUAGGGCUAGUUUUGCGAAACCCACGGCGACGUCGAACGGUGUCGGUAGCCAAGCGCAAGUAAAUAAAGGCAGCGGCGAUGAGAAGGAAGAUCCGAACACGGGAAUAGGCGCUUUUCGUUUUAUGCUAGAGUGCAAUCGCGGCAGAACGAUGUUGGAGUUUCAAGAGUUAAUGACGGUCUUUCAAUUGCUUCACUGGAACGGCUCUUUAAAGGCGAUGCGAGAAAGGCAGUGCAGCAGGCAGGAAGUGGUCGCGCAUUACAGCCACCGCGCGUUAGACGACGAUAUGCGUAGCCAAAUGGCGUUAGAUUGGGUAGCCAGGGAGCAUGAAAGCGGCGGCGGUGUCGUGGCGAUGGAAUUGGCCUUAGCUGAGCGCGAACUCGAGACCGCGCGAUUAGCAGGCCGGGAGCUUAGAUUUCCAAAAGAGAAGAAGGACAUAUUGAUGCUCGCACACGCGCAGGUCUGUCCGCAGUGAAGAUCUAACGUGAUUGUCGCAACAAACAACGCAUGAGACUGGUUUUCCGAGGGAUGACGAUAACUCUGAAGGGAACUAUCUCUUCGGAUGUCACGAAGAUCGAUUCUUAUGAGCAGAUCUACUUAAUUCUAGUUAAGGCUCAGCUUUAUGACACAAUCUAUUCCGUCCCUUUAUUAUUUUUUUAAUAUGAAGCGUUUCUCUUUUAUGGAGCUUUUUCUUGUAAAGCAAUCCUCUCUGGUGAUAAUAGAUCUUAAAUGGGAUGUUUUGAUAUAUUAUAUAGAAGAACUAAGUAUAUAAAACUGCCAUCAUGAGAUAUUAUACACACUCGCAUUUACAUAUCAAAUUAUGCGUGUGUAUAUAUACUUUUUUUCGGAAAAAAGCAAGGCUUUGUCUUCCAUUAUCUUUAUCUUGUACGAUUUUUUACAAUUUUUAACUGUCAAUGUAAUUGCGAUAAAAUUGCAUUUGAAGUUAGGAUAAAAGAAGAAACGAAGUGCAAAAAUAUGUGCGUAUUACAUUCGCCGUAACGUGAAUGAUAGACAGAAUUUUAAGAUGACGGUUAUACGAACAGGGUAGGUAAAAGCAAUGUAAUACAUUGGUUUUUACUGGUAUGUAGAGAUACUAAACUAAAUUAGUAAAUUUUAAACACGCGUGAAAUUUAUAUAUACAAAAGAGAAUAUUGGGCUAUGAAACUUCAACAGAGGCGGACCUUAAAACAUACGAUGGUACACUUUAGGAUGAACAUAAGUUUUUUUUUUUCUAUAUGUUGCAAGUUUUAUUCACUUGCCAUUAGCGAUAUAUUGUGCUUGCCUCUAGUUUUGAAGAUACAGUGCGACAAGAGAGAUUAAACGGUCAUAUUAUAUUGAUAUCCAUUUAUACUGCUGUUACAAGUUAGUGUAUCUUACACAUACACCAAUUUGAAAAAGAAGGGUAAAUAUAUUACUCCCAAGUGCACACACAGUUGAAUAGGACAUAGUUUAUAAUUGUUUUAUAAAUAUUUUAUUAUUAUUAAAUAUUGAUACGUA